AUGGAUAUCCGUCCUGGAACCACAGUUGAAUGGGAACCUUCCACAUCACCAGAUGAGAGUCCUGUUUAUAUCAAUUCAAUUCGCAUUCACGAAAACGGCGGAGCUCCAUUAACACAUUUCACUUAUCGUCCAGAUGUUAGAACAUUGCCUGAAAUGCUUGACAGCUCUGUUGUCAUCUAUCCUAAGCAUGAUUGCUUCGGCGAGCGUGUUGUUGAUGCAGAUGGCAAGUUAGGCCCUUAUAAAUGGAUCAAUUAUACAGAAUUCAAAGAAUUGUGCAUCAAAUGGGCAAAAGGCCUCAAAGCACUCGGUCUUGAACCAGGUGAUAAACUCGGUGUUUACUCAGUUAAUUGUAUAAUGUGGCAAGUCGCUCAAUUCGGAUCAUUAUAUGCCGGUAUCGUUCCAGUUCCUGUUUACGAUUCACUUGGCCCUAAUGCUGCUCAAUAUAUUACCGAUCAUUCUGAAUGCAAAGUAAUUCUUGUCCAUAAAAAGAACUUAGAAAAGGCCAUGGAAGUCAAGAAGCAAGUUCCACGCGUACAGAAAGUCAUUUCUAUCGAUCCGAAACCAUCAAUCCAAGAUCCAGAUCUAAUAACCAUUGAUGAGUUGUUUAAGCUUGGCGAAUCAGUAGAUUUCAAGCCAGUCAAGCUCGAUACUAAUGACACAGCCAUGAUCAUGUACACAAGUGGUUCAACAGGCGAACCAAAGGGCUGCGUCCUUUCUCAUCAGAAUAUCAUGGCUGGAGGCAAUGGUCUUGGUGGUAUGGGCACUUCUGUUACUCAGACAGAUACAUACUUCUCAUUCCUCCCAUUAGCUCACAUCUACGAGUUAUGUUCACAAACAACUUUGAUUUGUCAGGGUGCAAGAACAGGAUUUUAUUCAGGCGAUAUCAGAAAUAUGGUUUCAGAUAUUCAAGCAUUACAUCCUACAAUUAUCUGCGCCGUUCCUCGUGUUUUCAACAGAAUUUACGAUAACAUGAUGAAGAAGAUCAACGAACUCCCAGCUCCAGUCAGAAUGCUUGUCAACUGGGCCAUCAAUCACAAGAAUAACUGCCUUCUUACCGGAAAGAAGCCAUCUUCCAUCAUAGAUACCUUCCUUCUCUCCAAAUUCUCAGGAGCAUUAGGAGGAAGACUCCGCCUCAUUGUUAACGGCGGUGCUCCAAUUCUCCCACACGUCUACGAGUUCUGCCGCGCCACAAUCACUCCAAACAUCAUCCAAGGCUACGGACUCACAGAAAUUUCCGCUGCAGGAUGCGUACAACAGUGCGGCGACAGGAAUCCAAACACUGUCGGUCCUGUCUGCGUCACAAUCGAUAUGAAACUCCGCCGCGUUCCAGGCAUGGACUACGACCCACGUGGAGAAAUUCCAGCAGGUGAAUUGAUGUUCCGCGGUCCAUCAUUGUUCAAGGAAUACUACAAGAAGCCAGAACUCACAAAAGAAGCUAUGGUUGAUGGAUGGUUUGCAACAGGCGAUGUCGGCAAAUUACUUCCAGACGGAACAAUCCAGAUCAUCGACAGAGUCAAGCAACUCGUCAAACUUUCUCAGGGCGAGUACAUCUCCAUCACAUCACUUACAGAUAUUUACGGCACAGCUGUUGGUGUUCAGUCUAUCUUUGUUUAUGCAAACUCAAUGCAUGAUAGACCAGUUGCUAUUGUUAUCCCAACAAACGAUUUGAUCAAACAGAUGGAGACAGAUAAGGAAGGAGUCAAGAAGACAAUGAUGGAUAACUUAGACAAAGUUUAUAAUGAUGAACAUCUUCGCGGUUUUGAAAAGAUUCUUAAUAUCUAUCUCGAUACAGAGCCAUUCACAAUCGAAAAUGGAUUGCUCACACCAUCCCAGAAACCACAGAUUAACAAGAUCAAGGCUAAGUAUGAAAAGAUUGCUGAUUCUCUCUAUCCAGCUGCUUAA